CUUUACCUUUUCUCACUCUUCUCCAACCGCUUUCUCCCACUCUCAAGCUCGACGACGAUGUCUUGCGUGGUCUCCUCAACUUGCUCACUCCUCCCCUGCGACUCGAAUCUGACUCGGUCAAGUCGUUCUAGUAAACUGGGCUCUUCAGUUUCGUGGCAGUCUUCUUUUCCCAAACUCUCUAUCGGAAUCGGCUCUGUUAUCUCAUCUCCCAUUGUCAAAAAGGACUCGUUUGUGCAAGCUGCUUGGACUCGAAGAUCACGUGGUGAAGCGGCGAAAAGACCCAACAAGAAGUCAUGGAAGCAGAGAACAGACAUGUACAUGAGGCCUUUCCUGCUCAAUGUGUUCUUCUCCAGGAAGUUCAUACACGCCAAAGUGAUGCAUAGGCCAACAAGCAAAGUCAUUUCGGUUGCUACCACAAAUGCUAGAGAUAUAAGGACUAAUAUACCGUCUCUUGUGGACAACGAAGCCUGCAGACUCAUCGGUAAGCUCAUAGCUGAGCGUUCAAUGGAAGCUGACGUCUACGCAGUUUCUUAUGAGCCAAGAAAGGGAGAAAGAAUCGAAGGAAAGCUAGGGAUUGUGAUCGAUACGAUUAAGGAACAUGGCAUUAUUUUUGUUCCUUGAUAAUCUCUUUUAAUAGAUGAUGAUGACUUAGUAGCAGGUCUGUGUUUUGUUUUUGAUGCAUAUGCAGCAAAGACGAGAAACCUGAUCUCUUUGGUAGUGAAUGGUUCAAGAACACAGGUUUGAUCACUAGAGGAAGAAUAUGAAAAAGAGGAAAAUAAGUUAGUAUGGUUUAUAUAAUUACAUUUAUCUGUACACUUGUUUCUUCUUGUCACAAGACAUGUAUCUAAUCAAAAUCUCUUCAAAAACACUU